ACUAGCCUACUAAUCAACCACCUCUGCGCUUUCUCCCACCUCCCGUCCCGAUUCCGUCUCCAAGCUCCUCGUCGCCUCUAUAAAUAAGGCGACCCCCGCGGCGGCCAUCAAUUCGCGUCACCGCCCAGAGACCGUGAAUUAUUCUUCCGCCCGCCGCAAAACCCUAGCCGCCGAUCCCAUGGCGACCGCCGCCAGCCAGGCGAGCCUCCUCCUCCUGAAGCAGCUCAGAGAUCUCGCCAAGCACCCCGUGGAUGGGUUCUCGGCUGGGCUCGUCGACGACAGCAACGUUUUCGAGUGGCAGGUCACCAUCAUCGGCCCGCCCGAGACCCUAUAUGAUGGAGGCUACUUCAACGCAAUAAUGAGCUUCCCACAAAAUUAUCCGAAUAGCCCUCCAUCAGUCAGAUUUACUUCUGAAAUGUGGCAUCCAAAUGUUUAUCCGGAUGGGCGGGUAUGCAUUUCUAUUCUUCACCCACCUGGUGAUGAUCCCAACGGGUAUGAGCUUGCGAGUGAGCGUUGGACACCAGUGCAUACGGUUGAGAGUAUAGUUCUGAGCAUCAUUUCGAUGCUUUCUAGUCCAAACGAUGAAUCACCAGCAAAUAUUGAAGCAGCUAAGGAUUGGAGGGAGAAGAGGGACGAGUUCAAGAAAAAGGUAAGGCGUGCCGUAAGGAAAUCACAGGAAAUGCUCUAAAUAAAAUGGGAGUAUCGGGGAAGUUAGCCAUGCCGUUUCAGGUGUGCAAGGUUUUGCUGUUGAUCUCCAAAUGUCCAUCCGACACUAGCAAUUUCACUUCUCCCCUGUAUAUUUUCCUUUCGGGGCCUGUUUGGAAGGAGUAUUUCUUGGUAAAGUUUUGGUAUUUGAACUACAUACUAAAAUUUUAUCAAGAAAUGUCAUUCUUCCAAGGCAACAGCCGUUUUGUGUCCCCAGUGGUGGUCUUGGUUUUGUCACCAGAAAUGCACUGGGACGGGACGCCUAUUUGAAAUGUCCAGUUGUUGUAUCAUGUGGCUUGGGCUAUAACUAUUGAGAAACUUGGGAGUGCUGCCACCUACCAUAAAUUUUUGUACCGAAUCUGAUAUAAAAGGACACAUGCAUGAUCAGCUAAUUGUUGAAGUCCAA